AUGUGGCGAGACCGGACCAACCUCUAUCUCUCCUACCGGCAGUCCUACGCUCACCACCCCACCCACCGGAACAAGUAUGGCGGUAGCAACAACCUCGCCAGCGCCGAGCGCUUCGGCUCCUCCACCGGCGCCUCUGUGCUCUUCUCCGCCGACGAGUCCUCGGACCGGCGCGGUCUCCUGGCGGGCGGCGACUACCACGACGACGGCGACGCCGUGAUCGAGAUGGACCUGCUGCCCCCGCGCUGGGCCGACAUCACGGACGAGGUGACGGACCUCCUGGCCGACAUCGCCAAGAAGUCGCAGAAGCUCGAGAGGCUGCACCAGAAGCAUGUGCUCCCGGGCUUCGACGACGAGGGCACCAAGAAGGCCGAGGAGCGGGAUAUCGAGAAGUUGACGCAGGACAUCACGCGCGGGUUCCACGACUGCCACCGGUGCAUCCAGCGCAUCGAGGCCAUGGUCCGCGAGUCUAAGGACUCCGGCACCAUGACGAGGGCGGAGGAGGUCAUGGCCAAGAACAUCCAAAUAUCGCUUGCGGCCAGGGUGCAGGAGGCGAGCGCGGGCUUCAGGAAGAAGCAGAGUACUUAUUUGAAGAAACUGCGUGGCCUUAGCCAACCCAGCGGCAUACUUUCCCCCGGCCCUGAACGCGCGUCCACGCCCUCAAACUACAUGGACCCCUCGCUCCUCGAUUCCGAAACGGACAAGUCCUUCUCCCAGUCCACGCUGCAGUCAUCGAUGCAGCAGAAGCAGCUCCACUCUAACGACGCGGCCAUCGUCCAGCGGGAGCGCGAGAUCGAGGACAUCGCCCAGGGCAUCAUCGACCUGUCCGACCUGUUCCGCGACCUGCAGAGCAUCGUCAUCGACCAGGGGACCAUGCUGGACCGCAUCGACUACAAUGUGGAGCGGAUGGCCGUGGACGUCAAGGAGGCGGAUAAGGAGCUGAACGUUGCGAGCGGGUACCAGAAGAAGACCACGAAGAGGAAAAUCAUAUUUCUGUUGAUACUGAUUAUCGUGGGCAUGAUCAUAUUACUGGUCAUCAAGCCUAAGAGGCAGAGCGAUAGCGGUGGCGGAGGUGGUAGUCCCGCAGAGGAAGAGCAGGCGAUAGAAAGGGAUGCGCUGCCGGGGGUCGGCGGGGGCAGCCCAUUCCUCGCGAGGGCCGUGUUAGACCACUUGAUAUAUAGAUAG